AUGGACCGCACCAUCCGAAGACACAACGCCGUCAGAAUGAUCAGAAAAAGACAAAGCGAAGAACAACCACCGAUGCAGAGACUGGAGUUUAGCAGAUCGGUAGAUUCCGACGUCCGACAGAUCCGGGACGAGGACGGGAUAUGGACAGGGGCGAGAAAAUGCAAUAUCACGCUCAGACGGGACCCAGCUGGAACCAUCAAACACCUGCCCAGUACCAUCAUGCUUGGGAACAACAGGGGGCAGGUGUUUUACUACGGACUCGUUCCCAAAGAGGGGCACAACCGGAGCCAACACCAACGUCAGAAGACCCAGCACCACAGCACAGUACACCCCAAGAACCAGCACCAACACACGACCCAGAAACACCCAUUGUACCGGAACUACCCACUGCACCAGAAACAAAAGCUGCGACCGGCCCUCCUAGGCAACCUUCCGGUCAUCGUUGCAGGCGAUUUCAACUGUGCGCUGCGGGAUUUGGACCGUAGCCGCCCCCGGAACGACGGCUCAAGCAGGGAGCUCAUUGCCAUUAUCAAUGAACACCAAUUACAAGAUCUAGGCAGGGACCUGGUGCCCCGCUACACCUGGAUGGUCAAGGAGAGAACCAAACACUUCUACAUCAAAGCAGGCAAAACAAAGGCAAGAUGCAAAAAGGAACAACUCACCAAACUAAACAGACGACUACAGAACCAGACAGAACUACAACAAGAAGGCUUCAAUCUCUCAACUGAAAUAGCAGUCACUAAACACAAACUGGCACUCAUACAUAGACAAGAACAGCAGAAAAUCAAAUACACAAGCAAAAUCAAACACCUAGAGGACGACGAGAAAUGCACAAAAUACUUCUUCCAACACAUCAGACGUAAAAAACAAACCAUAGACACACUGAAGGACCACACCCAGACACCACAAACUGACGAACACACCAUCACAGACAUCAUCACAGACUUUUACACCAACCUGUACGCGACAAAAAGCACAGACGAUGACUUGAUCAACGGACUUCUCCAACACAUCAUACCAGUACCUGACAAGGAGGAGGAGGGAGACCUGACACUGGAGGAGCUCACCCGGGCGAUGCGGUCCCUAAGUACGGGUAAGACACCGGGUCCCGAUGGGCUCCCUGCUGAGUUUUACAUAACAUUCUGGGAACAUCUCAAAGUCUGCCUGGGGGCGGUCUACAAUAGCAUGUACAGGGAGGGUAAACUAGCACCCUCCAUGACAGAGAGUGCAGUUACCCUCCUGUACAAGGGAAAAGGUGAUGCCACUGAGCUCAGGAACUGGCGCCCCAUCAGUCUCCUGGGCUCAGACUAUAAGAUCUUGGCAAAAACCCUUAUCCCUUUUGUCUUUUCAACCUUGACCAGGAGAAGGCCUUCGACAGGGACCAACCCCGGACGCCGGAGCUGGAAGGACGCCCUUGCCAAGGUCAAAAAGAAAAUCGCUGGCUGGCAGGGGCGAUCCCUCACGAUGACUGGAAAGGUCCUAGUCAUUAAAGCCAUCGUUUACCCGAUCCUGGCAUACAUAGGUAAGGUUUUUCCGCCAAACACACACACAGCAAGACAUAUCAACAAGACCAUCUACAACUUCAUCUGGGGCAGUGACCAGGAGCGGGUAAACAGGCUGACUAUGUGGAAAAAAGAGAACAAAGGGGGUAAGGGGAUCCCAAAUAUUCCACUCUACAUAGCGGUGCAGGGCCUCAGUUACAUCAUCUCCAACAUACGCAGACAGCACAAUAAAGCCGGUUUUUUCCAUACAUUCUACUUCUCAACAAUAAUCAGACCAUUGGGGCUCUGCACCCUUGACCAUCGGACCCCUUACUCCUGGGACCCCCCUCUGCACUACAAAGCACUAAAAUCCAUUAUCACCUCGCAACAGCUACACACCCACAAAAGUCAGGACUGGUCAUUCAAAACACUUAGAAAAUUCAUCACGGACAGGGACACAGUUACACCGAUACCAACAUUAACUACCGAACAAUGCACCACAGCCUGGACAAACAUAGCUUCACCUGCACUUAUGAACAGACACACGGACAUAGCGUGGAUGGCGGCCAUACGCUGCCUCCCCACCCGGCAUUUUAUGCACAAAAGGGGAAUAGCCAGAACCGACCAGUGCCCGCACGGCUGUAGAGAGAUAGAAACCGAAGACCACAUCCUCUGGCGGUGCAGGGUGGCAAAAAACAUCUGGCUCAUGACCUCUGCUCUCCUCACCAGGUUGACCGGCACGGCUGCGACGACCCUCCGGGGCAUCCUCUUCGGACCACCAGGGGGACUCCAAUCACCCCAGGAGAGGAACGCCUGGAGGGUCGUCAACGCCACAAAGCAAACCAUUUGGGACACAAGGAACAUAAAGGUUUUUCAUAAACAGGACACUCUCCCCAUCAUCACUGCCAGAAUCAUCCGGAAAACCAUCAUCGAUUACAUCACCCUGGACACCCACCGACUUGGGCAAGACAUCACCAACCGACAAUGGAACAUCAGCACCCCGAACGACAUCAUCAUCACCCCCCCCGUCACCAACCUGCCCAACCCCACCACGGUGCCCCCAACCACAAAUCCCAACACCAGCAGCCGAGCAGGGAUCAUGAGCCGCCACCUUGCACUCGACCCCUCCUACAGCCGUGCGAAGUACUGGACAUUCCAUCAACGAUAGCCGAUCUGCUACUCCACAUGGACAGAAACACAUACAUACACAUGUCAAACAGAAUAACCAUCACUUGUCACUUCAAACCGCCACUGUAUUUACAUUUCACCUUGCUUUGCCCUCCCUUAUGUUCAGUGUACGUUCAAAUGUUUUCUUUUUGUUUUUUAGCUUAUUUAUUUAU